AGUGAUUCCCUGGAGGGUAAGGUCUGGGAGUGGGGACAGAAAACACCCAAUAGGCACAUCCCAGUGUGCACAGAGACAGAGUGAAUAGAGCCUGAGUGGAGUUGCUGCUUCUUGUGGCUGCAGAGUAGUCCUACUGCUAGGGGCAAACAGAGGGGUGGAGUGGAGGACAAGCUGGAUGCAGGAAUUUCAGGUCACAAGGGCUUGUGUGGCAGCUUUAGCCUGGACUAGACUGGGUUGGACUAGGUCGGUUCUGGCUGGGAGCUUGGCGUUCGAUCUCUCGACUGACAGCAAGGGAGACAUGUAGCCUGUAAGGGAGUAAACACACUGAGAAGAGCACACACGUAGAGACUGUGUGGGAAAAACAGACACAUACACAAACGUUCUUCUUUGUAUUUGUGUGGGUAGCACGGAGGUUGCCAUUUGGUGUGCCCCCCUUUUUUAACACCCGAUGAUGUGGUCCUUUGGGGAGUAUGCCAGCUUGCUGUUGGUGGCAGCUGCUCUAGGAAUGUACCACUUAGUGGAGGGGGGGUGCUCUGGAAAGUGUUGCCAAGGCACAGACCUCAGCUGCGUGACGACCGAUUGGAGGAUGGACCGAGUAUAUGGAACGUGCUACUGUGACGAGGGCUGCAUCAGGACCAAGGACUGCUGCUUCGACUACUCCACAGAGUGUCCAGCCCAGCCGUGUGUGGUGACUGAGUGGAGUUACUGGAGUGGCUGCUCCCAGCCCUGCCAGCCCUCGCUGAGAGUCCGCCGGAGGCACAUCCUGCAGGAGUCGAGAAACAGCGGAGAGCCCUGCUCCAGUGUGGAGGAGAAGGCUGGCUGCAGGGAAUACAGAGACCACCAGGGGACUCACUGUGGAGUCAACAUAGGUCCAGCAUUCAUCACCAGCAUUAAGUUUGGUAGAGGAAGGCCAAAGCAUGAUGUCUAUGGAACCUCUCUGGACCCUGGGUUCUGUAUGAAAUACAAGAUGGUGUCUCUCACCCCUCACUGCACGCUGGAGAACCAGCCACACACACAAUGGAUGCAGUACUUAAGGGAGGGUUACACGGUGUGUGUGGCCUGCCAACCACCUGCCAUGCAGAACCACAGCAGCAGCUGCCAAGGGGACGGACAGGAAUCUGACAGUGAUUCCCUGCUUCACUGGCAGGCAGUGGGAAGCCCUCGCUGCAGAGGUACGUGGAAGAGAGUCCAGAGGACCCAGCAGUGUUCCUGUCCACAGGUUCACAGCUUUGUCUUCAUAUAAGUCUCAACAUCCAUCUCACCACACAGCAAGACUGGCUGAGAUAUUUCCAGCUGGCCAGAAUACCCUAUGUUAUUUAUUAAAAGAUUCAGCAUGCAUUCAGUAACAUUAUAGAGACAUGAACAUACUGCUCCACCAUUAUAAAUCUGAUGAGAGUCUGGAGUUGGACAAAGAAAUAAUACAGAUAGAAAACGGUUUUAAUGUCAGCCAUUUGGUGACUGUAUGUAUGGGGACAGUUAGAAAUCACAUUCCAAAGCACGACUCUCACAUUUGCAAGAUGAAUUUA